AUGGGUACGGAUGAUGAUGGUCGCGGCCAGAAGCGAAAGCGACUGGUCACACCUGAAGGCGACAGGAGCAUCCCGUCACUACAAGUUCCCAAGGCUCCACGAGGUCGUGCGUUUGUGACAAGAACUAACGACCACGUUCAAACGGAAAUUGGUACACCAACAAAACAAAAGAGCACUAGCGAUUCUUCAAUGGAUUUCGAGGACUUCGCCGGGCAGCCGCUCUUACAAACCGAAACUGAGGUCCUUGAAAUGAUCGAAUUAUUGGCCGCUCUUUUGGUGAAACACGACACGAAACCCACUCAUCUUUUGACAGUACAUUCAGGAAUGGGCAGGGGAAGGUUUCACAGCAUAGUUGAACUGCUGGUCUGUGCCCAAGGUGGUGAACGGGAGGACUGCCCUAUGCCUGCCGACUCUGGUGUCCAAAUAGCUCAACGCAUCGAUCACAAAUCGGAUCUGUACACACACAUUGCAUGUUACGAUCUCAUCGUAAUGACAGAGCAGGGAAACAUGCGUCAGUGGGCGGCGGACUGGGCAGACCUACUUACGUCGGGGGGCAGGUUAGUGAUCGACCUAAGAUGGAAAGAAGGUGACAAGAGCUGGACGGACGUUGCCUAUCGCUAUGCGACUAUGGCAUCGGAGAUUGGGCUGCGAUUAGACUAUGUCAACGGCUGUUCCUUGGAAUGGGGUCUGGCGCCAGGAAAAGCUUUAGGGCAAGCUUCGAAAGAUGUCAUCGCAGACCAGUAUUCUGGCAUUGCUGAUCAGUGGGGGCUCGUCAAUGCUCAUUGCCCUAGGCUCCAGCUUGAGUUGAAGUGGCGCGCCGCCCGUCUCCGACAAAAUCUCACCGUAGACAACAUUAUCGCCUUGUCUGGUCGCAUGUACGGUACGUUCAGCCGGCUGUAG